AUGUGCCAAGGCUCCUGUUCCGUCGGGCUGUCUCUAGAUCACCGCUCCACGCACACGGGCGCUCCGGACUCAGAGCGCAGUCUCACGUGUCGACGACUGGCGCUGCUGUGGGAGGAGAUCCGCGCGGAGCGCGCGAAUUCUUCCGGAGAAGCGGGGAAAAGUGAAGCUGAGGGGCAAGCGGAGCAGGAGGACGCAAUGCGGCGGCUGGGAAAGGAGUUCCACACGCCAGGGCACAUCUUCCUGUGCAUCGAAAACCCGGAGGGCCUCCGCAGAAGGCGCGGGCACACGGAGCUCUCGGUGGCUCUGGCGAAACUCGCGGGGAUCACGCCCGUCAUGGUUGGCUGUGUCAUGCUGAGCAACAGCGGUGAUGACUAUGGGGCCCUCCCUGCUGCUUCAGCCCGCCAAUGGGCUGCUGCCAACUCAGUUCCUUCGAUGGCUGGUCUGCAUUCGACCGCCUCGCUCUCUCUCCCGCGCCACCAGGGCUUGCGCUCUGCGUCGUCUCCGUCAGGAAGCGCAAAGCUACAGCUAUUCGCGCGCCCGUCAUGCCGCCCUCUGCGCGGAAUCCGGGCCUCCGCGGAGGCUCAGUUCCCGCAGGGAAGCAGCGCGAGUAGACAAACAGAGGAGUCGGCCACCGCUGAGGUCUCAGAAACGUCAUGCACGCGGCGAUCCGCGCUUCUCGCAGGUUUGGUUGCGACAGCGUGCGGGGAAGCCGCGGCUCAGCUGCUCGCUUCCCCGCCUUCUGCAGCAGCAGCAGAAGCAGAAGCAGCCAUUGCCGUUAAUUCCCAAACCGGAGUUUUUUCCAAGCAGCCUGACGUGAUCAAUGCAUGCGUUUACGAGUACCCGUUAAAGAUUGCGGGUCCCGUCGGUGACAUUGUUUGGAUCGAGACGCGCAAGCCAGAGCGCUACUCUUCCGCCGCGCCGCUCUCUCCGGACGCGCGCCUGCGCAUCGUGUCGGAGCGCCUCGUCCCACUUCGCUCCCUCGUCAUCAGCGUCUCCGUCUCCCCGCCGAAUGCGGCGUUCCUCCCGUCGCCGCCGCCGCCGCCGGCGGCGGAUCUCGAGACCGCCAAGGCCUCUGGCUGGACGGCCGUGAAUGUCGCUCGGUCAGUCCUCGCCGAUCGCACGUCCCCGCGCAUGACGUCGAUCCAACGGCUACAGGAAACGAUCCUCGGCGACGUGUACGAGGAGCUCCGCACCGCGGAAGGCGCCUCGGAGCCUCUUAAGUACUACCUCUUCGAGUACGUGAACCAGAAGUCGCCGACUAUGCUGACGGGGCGCGAGAAGGACGUUUUCCGUCGGUCGCUAGCGGUGGCGGCGGAGCGCGAGGGGUACAUUUACUGCCUGACGGUGUCCACGGUGGAUUCGGAGUGGCCGCAGCUGGAGGAAGCUUUAAGAACGACUAUUGAUUCGUUUAGACUGACGGCUCCCACAGGAGAUUACGUGCCGCCGUGGAAGGACCCCUGGUGGUUCUGGUAA